UCUCAGAUAUGGCUAGUUCCAGCAGCGGUGGUGAUCAAGGAACUGAACCUAAAUGCUCCAUCAAGCGGGAUGGUGGUUACUUUCACAACCCAUUUCCUGAAUUCAAGUUCCUAUCUAUGACUGAAGUUUUUUGGUUUCUUAGGAGUAAAGACAACACCAACUUGCCUUCUGAAGACAAUCAAAUUGAUCUGACUUUGCCCUUCAAAAAGAAUUUCGAUAAUGUUGAUCUAAAAAGUCAGAACACUGUCACUUGGAUUGGACAUGCAUCAUGUUUACUAAAAAUGUCUGGUAUUUACGUUCUGACUGAUCCAGUAUUCAGUCAGCAUUGCUCAGCUAUCCAAAUGAACGUUUCCAACAAAUUGAAACGAUUCCGUCAACCUGGAUUGAAUCUUGAAGAAAUUGAUAAAGUGGAUGCGGUUGUUAUCAGUCACAAUCACUACGACCACCUUGACUAUAAUUCUGUUCUUGAUAUAAACAAGAGAUUUCCUUCCUCACAAUGGUUUGUACCUCUUGGUUUAAAGAGUUGGUUCGAAUCGUCAGGUAUCCGAUCUGAGAGUAUCCACGAAAUGACGUGGUGGGAAGAAAAAUCCCACACUUUUCAAAAAGGCAAGUUGACGUUCACGUGUCUUCCAGCGCAACACUGGUCUAUGAGAAUAGCGCCAGGGAUUGAUAGGAAUUACAGUCUAUGGUGCGGUUGGCAGGUUAUGUCAAGCGAAAGGAAUGUUUACUUUGCUGGUGAUACUGGCUACAAUAAUAGGAUCUUCAGACAGAUUGGUAAUCACUGUGGACCUUUUGACCUGUCUCUGAUCCCAAUUGGAGCGUAUGAACCUAGGGAGUUCCUAAAAUGUCAGCAUGUAAACCCUGAAGAAGCUGUUAAAGUUCAUGAUGAGGUGAAUAGUAAAUUAUCUCUGGGGAUCCACUGGGGGACAUUUCAGUUGGGAAAGGAGCACUAUAUGGCACCACCUAAGGACUUGAAAGCUGCCUUAGAGGCUGCUAAUAUUGAUAAAGCUAGGUUUGUGACUUUUCAGCAUGGCGAGUGUAGGGAAUUUUAGAUACGAACCUAGAGACUAGUUGUAUCCUUUUCAGAUUUCAAAAAUUGAAUAUUAAUUGCUUAUGAUUAUGAACCAUCGUACCACUAUAAUUAUCGUGCUAAAAUCAUUUGUCCCCACUGCAUUAUUUGUCUUGGUAUUGAACUGUUUGGAUAUAAGAUACCAUUAUUUUUUGUAACAUAGCUUUAAUUUGAGAAUUUAUUGAAAGUUUUUUUCAUAAUAUGCAUGGAUUGUACUAAUAUGAAAAUUGAAUUAUCUUUGAUUCUUAAUUUUUUUAAAAGUUGA